CGCACAUGCACAGCCUGGAGGACCGACUCAACCCAUCUCAAUGAAGCGGGAAUCGUGUGCAAUCUUGUGCUAGCAAUCGCCUGGUCACACACCUCGUACACACUUCCUCCCCGCCAGUCCACAUGUCUGCGAAUGUUUCUUCGCCAUCUGGACCUGACCACUGCGCUCCGGCCUUCUCUGUACGAUGACGAAACCUUACUCUUCGUCCAGGAUGGGGUCGGGCUCUACGAGGGAAAAUUCAAAAUCCCCAACUACCAAAACGGACAUGCUUAUCUGACCUCCCACCGCGUGUGCUACGUGGACAACGAGGAACCACGAAAGUAUUCGGUCGCGGUUGAUUUGAAGGAAAUUGACCGCAUCGAACUCUACGCUGGCUUUCUCGUCAAGUCUUCGCCGAAGAUUACGCUUUUCCCCAAGGCAACCAAGAAAACUGCUGCUGCUAUCAAAAGCCCGCUGCCUCGCUAUGCUUCGCCAAGCGAUGCUCUGGUGGGCGCAAACAACAACAACAACAACAACAACAACAACACCGCUCGCUUUGGACCUUCUGCGACCUCGGUCAGAGACGUGAAUGCCACGUGGAUCUGCUCAAUAUGUGGUCUUGCCAACGCCGUCCCUCCAAACUUCGACCCGGCCACUGCAAAUCAGUACACGCCAUUGCCUCCCUGCCAGGCAUGCGGAGUCAAGCCACCGCUAGCAAUCAUGAUCAAGUCUGCCAUUGCAGCAAUGUCCAACAGGGCCAGUGGAGCAAGCUCAGCCAUGCCUAAUUCUGGCCGCAGCUCCAUGGAGGCUGGCUCGAUGAUUGCCUCGCAAGCUGCGACUCAACCUCUUCCUGGUGGCAUGAAUCAAUGCUCACGAUGCACCUUUCAGAACCAUCCAUCAUUGACCACUUGUGAGGUCUGCGCGGCGCCACUACAAAGCACGCCGGACCGACGUUCGCAGUUGAUUGAGGAUGAUCUCCGACGUCCAGAGUCUCCAGGACCAUCCUUGAACGAAGGUUCAAUUCUGAAUAACGAUGCUAUCGAGACGAUCAAGCUCUCCUUUCGAAUGGGUGGCGUGCAGACGUUUUCGGAGAGGCUCCAGGGCGCGCUGGUGCAACGGAAAUGGUUGCUGCAAAGCGCUCCACCUGUGCCGAGAACCCCAAUGACACCUCCGCAGACAGGCGGACGCUCUAGCCCUCCAAACAAUGGUAUGCCAUCUACUCCCACGCCACCGCGAGUCGUAGGAAUAGCCGGCCUGGAGCAGCGAGGUGCAGAGCUACGGCAAAACAACCAGGCAGUUAUUGGCAACGCAUUCGAGGAUCUGGAAGCACUCAUGACUUCUGCUAAGGAAGUGAUCCAAAUGGCAGAGCAAUUCGCGCGGCAAGCGAACGGCAGUGCUAGCGACGACACAAAGAGAAUGAUCUCAGACUCAGCGGCCGCGCUCGGCUUAGUAACUACCAAAGACAUGCUCGGGUCUGGUUCUUCGGCGGAACAGCUCUACACCACGCAGCUUGCCAGAGACUUGGCAGAAUUUCUCACCGAUGACAGGAAAGGUAUACUUCGCAAGGAGGGCGGCAUCAUGUCGCUCGUAGACUUGUGGCAGGUCUUCAAUCGGACACGCAACGGCAUUGAGCUAAUCUCACCACAUGACUUCGAGAAAGCUGCCCGCAUGUGGACCAACCUCAAUCUGCCAAUUCGACUUCGACGUUUCAAAAGCGGCCUCUUGGUCGUGCAGGAGCGUAAUCGAACAGACGAGAAGACGAUUGCGAGUCUUCUGAGCUGGCUCAGAGAGCCUCAAUUUGCCUUUCCGCCAUCGGAGCCUGGAUGCAUUGAUCAGUCGUAUGGCAGAGGAGUGACUGCUCAAGAUGCUGCAGGACGUUUUGGCUGGAGCAUUGGAGUGGCCACCGAGGAGUUAGAGAUGGCCGAGGAGACUGGUGCUUUGUGUCGUGAGCAGUGUCUCGAUGGGACACGCUUCUGGGAGAACCACUUCAUGCAGAUGCUCAUUCCAGAGCCUGCGGUGGUCUGA